GGCCGGAAUGGUCGGUGGCCGAACGGGCCGUGACCGUGAGGAGAGCUGGCUGCCAAAGCCGAACCACAGCCAGAAGUAGGCUGCAGGCCCCGCAGGUGAAGGGGGAGAAGUAGCCGGAGGCCAGGAAAUUAAAGAUGGUGGUGACAUUGCCUUGACAAGCACUUCCUGUUGUCUUUACAGAGGUCUCACUGAAGAAUAAUCUCAAAGGAAUGUUUGUCUCCCAGUACCUUUGUUGAUGACUGUUAUCAUCUAGCAGAUGUUUUUAAUGUCCUGGAAAACAUCAACCACCCUUGUGCUUGGCCUGCUCUGGGCAGCUGAAUGAAAGUUCCUUCCAGUUGUUUCCAGAACUCUGUUGCCCAGAACUUUACCUCUCUUUGUCGGGUGAAUGUUCAUGAAGCCCUUUCCUGAACAAGCUUAGGAGGCUUAGGCCUCUUGGAGCCUGUGACAUGGAAGCUUUGGAAGUGGAUGAUAUCAGCCCAGCCCUGGAAGUUACUGAGGAUUUCUUUACUACUUUUGAUAGUAAGCUAGAAAAGGCUGUGCAGCAAGCAGAGGUUUAUGGGAUUCAGGAAGUUCCUGAACUGGUGGGGCAUGAGGUCCUCAGUAACAUAGACAAUGGUGCUAUCAGAAAUGUCUCCUCCCUGGGCAAGGGAGGCAUGAUCUGGGACCAUUGUAAGACCAGGUUCUUAGAAACCAAAGCCCAAAAUGUCUUCCCUGCCAAAGAACAGUUUAUGGUCCAGAAAGGGACAACCCCAGAUAAUCUGUCCUGGAUGGAACAAAAGGAAGCUUCAACCUUUGAUUUUUUCAACAUCUGUCAGCGUCGGAGGGACAGACCUCGUUCUGUGAAUGACUUAUUGGAUGAGACUUCUACAUUUAAGCCCGGCCAUGCUCGAUCAAGGUCAGAUAUUAGCCAGGUGGACUGGAGGGUGGUCCUCAAAACCAUGCCUCUGCAGCAGCAGCAACAACCAUCUCUUCAAGGCCCUCACUUCAGCAGGACGUCUUUUCUAUUGUCCUCAUCAAACAAGGUAGAAGAUGCUCAAGGAAAUAUGGAACACAAGGAGGCAUUCCCAAACAUUCUGAAAAAGGGUUACCUGGAGAUUCGGAAGGACCAUGACAGUUACUGGCAAAGCUGUUACGCGGAACUCUCCCCCUACAGCUUAUACUUCUACAGCCUCGACAGCAGUGGGAAUCAGAACCUCUGUGGAACGUAUCAGCUGUCACACUUCCAGAGCAUAUCUGUUCUGGGCAACCUCGAGGCCAGGCUGGUGGAUACUGUUCUGUAUGACAACACUCAGCUGCAGCUAAAGGCAGAGUCGCCAUGGGAGGCUUUGGACUGGGGGCAGAAGCUUUGGGAAGGUGUGCACGCCGCCACGCCUGCUUACAUGGGACGGCCAGAGGAGCUGGCUGACUCACCGGGGCUCGGCCAUCAUGUCGACUGUCCACAGAAUCGUUGUUUGCAGAAGAAAUCCAGUGAGCUGCUCGUGCCAUCCCCUGUCUUGGAUAGCCCCAAAGAGUACCAAAACAUCCUCAAAUCGGGGACGCUGUACAGGCUGACCAUCCAAAACAACUGGAAGGCAUUUACGUUUGUCCUGAGCCCGGCCUACCUGAUGGCUUUUCAGCCUGGCAAGCUGGACGAGGAUCCCCUGCUGAGCUACAAUGUGGAUGUGUGUCUGGCCGUCCAGAUGGACAACCUGGAUGACUGUGACUCUUGCUUUCAAGUCAUUUUCCCCCAAGAUGUCCUCCGCCUCCGUGCUGAGACCCGGCAGAGGGCCCAGGAGUGGAUGGAGGCUCUGAAAACGGCUGCCAAUGCGGCAAGGAGUUCAGAACAAAACCUGCAGGUCACGCUGAGGACCAAACCCAAGGAUCAGAUGGGUGGGCAUGAACUCAGGAAGAACAAACGCCAGUCUGUGACCACCAGCUUCCUCAGCAUCCUGACGACUUUGUCUUUGGAACGAGGACUCACUGCUCAGAGUUUCAAAUGUGCAGGAUGCCAGCGAUCCAUAGGCCUUUCCAAUGGGAAAGCCAAGGUGUGCAAUUACAGCGGGUGGUAUUACUGCAGCAGCUGCCACGUGGACGACAGUUUUCUCAUCCCGGCCCGCAUAGUCCACAACUGGGAUACUUCAAAAUAUAAGGUGUCUAAGCAGGCCAAAGAGUUUCUGGAGUACGUGUACGAAGAGCCCCUGAUCGACAUCCAGCAGGAGAACCCCAUGCUGUACGGACACGCCGAGCCGCUGGCCACCGUGGUGCGCCUGCGGCAGCGGCUGAAAUCACUGCGAGCCUAUUUGUUCAGCUGCCGGGCAGCGGUGGCCGAGGAUCUGCGCCGCAGAAUUUUCCCCAGAGAAUACCUCCUUCAGCAGAUCCACCUGUAUUCCCUCGCUGAUCUGCAGCAGGUGAUAGAGGGAAAGCUGGCUCCGUUCUUGGGCAAGGUCAUUAAAUUUGCCGCCUCACAUGUGUACAGCUGCAGUCUUUGUAGCCAGAAGGGGUUCAUCUGUGAAAUCUGUAACAAUGGAGAGAUCCUCUACCCUUUUGAGGAUAUUUCAACAAGCAGGUGUGAAAGCUGUGGAGCCGUUUUCCACUCUGAAUGCAAAGAAAAGUCUGUCCCCUGCCCAAGGUGUGUCCGUCGAGAGCUGCAGAUGAAGCAGAAGUCUUUCUGGCGGAGGCUGAACAUGGACGAGAGCCUGGAGGAGGCUUGCAACAUGUUUGAGCUGUCCUACCAGAACACCUGACUCAGCGGGAGCCCAAGGCCGGGCAGUGACCUCUCAACCAUCCAUCAGUCCCAAUGGCUUCCUAACUAGCCAGUUAGACCCCUCUGGAAGAAGAGUACGUCUCACCCUCAGCUAGAUGUAGAUAUAUAUUUAUACAUGUACACACACACAUACCUAUACGUCCUGUACGUAUGUUCUGUAUAAGUCGUUGUCCUAAAGGUCCAUGGAGCUUUGUGGCUCAAAAAAUUACCAAUAGCUGAAUUAUACUUAGCCAUGAAUUUCAGCUGCUUGCUCCCAAGCAAAACGUGUUUUACACACAAGGCUUUAUAGUUCAGACAUUUUUUUUCGGCUCUCAAGGGCCAUUUAUUACACAGGACACAGGAGAAAGCAUUUCCUGGAGAGCAACAGUGCUUCGAGUUAUUUUUGUUUAUUUAUUUUUAGCCUUCACAAAGGAUGAGGUAACUGAGGCAAGCACCCAUCAUCAUAUUUCAUAAGAAAAUCUUCAAAACACAGCAAUGACUCCUGGAUCCUUCCAGGACCCUGUGUCCCUGGCUCUCACCUCGGUAUCUUCGCAGAGGCAGAGAUCACCUCAGCUGAGCUGAAUGGCUUGGAAAUCAGGAGUGCGAGCUCCCUCUGACAGAAAGCAUGUGUCCCUAAUUUAUUAGAGGAGCUGGUGCUGGUUCUGAAGUUAAUCUCAGAAAGGGUUUUGCUUGAGAAAAGACCUCAGUAACCUACAUGUUGUCGGUCUGUUUGCUGGUACGAAUCCCGACGCCCGCCCUGUGAUGUGACGCUCCACGGUAUUUGCCAGGCUGGAAACAUGGCUCUCUUAAGACCAGUCUUCCAGGAGUUUCAUGAGUGACAGUUAUGAUUUUUUAAUGGUGCUGGCCUGAGGAAAUUGCCUAGGAUUGUUGUUAAAUACAUCAGUUUAUAGACCAGGAGGUCGGAUGUAGAGUACGGACAUUCCAAGAGAUGGUCUGCAAUUUCUUUUCACAGAAUCCUGUGUAGGCGAUUCCCACCUAUUCAUUAUGAGUGCUUUAUUUUUCAUUGUUUUUCAUUGCCCUCUCAUUUUGACUUUUAAUUUGUCAAUGUAACUACUUCUGCUUUCAUAUUUUUUAAUUGUCUUGAAAAAUCAGAGUAACUUGGAACUUUAAAAUAUCAACUUUAGACUAUUAGGAAAAUACCA